GGUGAUUUGGCCAUCGCCUCGCGCCGCCGCCCGACUGAUUGUGCUGUGUGACACGAUCGCAUUGAGCCUCCUGCCAUGGUGAUCACAGUGGCCAAAGCUGCGCUGCCAGAAGAUCUCGCGCUGAUGUCCCACGACUAUGAGAAGCUGCGCCCGCCGCACGACGCUCGCCCGGCGAUGGCAGAGCCGUCCAAGGCAGUCUCACCCGACCGCGAAGAGCGCUUGCGCAAAGACCGGCUCCGGAAGCGCUUGAGCAAGGAAAAGUUCCAGAACGAGCUCAACCAUCUCCAUCGCACGGCCAUUGCGCUCGAAUACCAGCUCAGUGCGGUGCAAAAGAAGCGGCUCGUCGAUGCCGAGACCAACGCGCGGUGGAGGCAGCGCGCCAUCGAGGAGAAGGCGCGGCUCCGCGACGCCUACGCAACAGGACAAGCGCUCUAUCGCGAGCUCGUGAGCCAAAUGGAGAAAGCCGUCAUCUUCAAGAGCAUUUGUGGGCCCACGUCCGAUACGAUGAUGUUCCUCGACCCACGCCGUGACCCAUGGAGCCUUCACACACUCUGCAAGGACCCGGACCAGCAAGAGCACACGCUGCGAAGUAUCGCCCUGUACCAGUCGUGCAAGAUCACCCCCGAGCUUUUCGCGAAGCUCCCCGGGCCGCGCGAUGGCAGCUACAACCUUGUGCUCGACGAGACCGACCAGCAUGUCUCGUACGUCGAGCUCUUCAAGCACGGGACCUUUGCGGCACAUCACGAAGAUAUCGCCCGGGCGCUGCACCGCUACUGCUUGACCGCCCACGAAGGCAAGCAGGUUCGCUGUGUUGACGGCACGCUGGCACUGACCGUGUUUACGGACAAGCGGCGGCAUUACGUCGUCAACUUGGUGCGCGAGAGCGAUCAGCGCAUGAUUCUCACACAUCGCACGUUGAUUUACGACGACGUGAACGGCCGCAUGGCGCACGAGAGCAUUGCGGGGUGGUGGGUCUGUGAACGGCUGCCCAGCCUGGACGGCCAUACGCCCCGUAGUGCGAUGCGUUGCUACGCGCAAGCUUGCAUCGAUGUCAACACGGAGCUCUCGGUCCAAGCCUACACCUCGUAUUUGGUCAAUGCGGCGAAAGAGGACGUUGGCAUGAACCAAGCGCUGGCCCAGUUCCACAUCCUCUCUCUUACAUAAUCUAAGCGCUACUUGGUAAUAUUUAUAUACACUAGACGACAUUCCUAC